CCUGGUUUGUCCGCGCGACCUGCCCCAAAAUGGCAGCCGAACAGCAGCUCCCGCCGGCCGUCACCAGCGCCGACAAAGACAGCAACAAAAAGGUGGUCUUCGUCUUCGACCGCCGCCUGGGAGACUCGCUCGAGAAAUGUCUAGACCUCAGCAGCUGGACUACGUUCGCCGAGUUCAAGAGCGCCGUGUGUCGGGCUUUUGACAUUACUACAGGAAAUAAUUUUGUAAUUACAACAACAAAUAGGAAAGAAAUUAAAAGUCAAAACUUUGAUAAAUGUGUCAAAGAUGGCGUUACCUUGUAUAUACUUAACUCAGUCGACCAAACAUUGCCCUCGGCUACCAGGGAGCGAAUUGACUUUCUUCCUCACUAUGAUACGUUGGUUAAAAGUGGAAUGUAUGAAUACUAUGCCAGUGAAGGACAGACUCCAUUGCCAUUUGCCUUCGCUGAGCUGAUAGAUAAUUCCUUAUCCGCAACAGCCAAUAACAAAGGAAUUCGUAAUAUACAGGUCCGACUGUUGUUUGAUGAAUCACAAGGUAAACCAGCUGUAGCUGUAAUUGACAAUGGGAGGGGAAUGACAUCUAAGCAACUUAAUAACUGGGCUGUGUAUCGACUUUCCAAGUUCACCAGAACGGAUGAUGACAUUGAAAGUGAUCAUUCAGGAUAUGUCCGUCCACCCAUGGUGCCUCGCAGUCUCAAUAGUGACAUUUCUUAUUUCGGUGUUGGUGGGAAGCAAGCAGUUUUCUUCAUUGGCCAAUCAACUAGAAUGAUAACCAAACCAGCUGAAUCUCAAGAUGUACAUGAAUUAAUGCUUUCUAAAGAUGAUUUUGAAAAGAAGGAAAAAAAUAAAGAGGCAAUAUAUAGUGGAUUCAUCAGAAAUAGAAAGGCCACCGAUUCAAUGCACAUCACCAGUGAAGAUGAACGAUUCCUCCACAGUCUCAUUGUGGAAGAAAAAGACAAGGAAAGUUUUACUGCAGUAAUAAUCACAGGAGUUCAGCAGGCCCAUGUGCAGUACCUAAAAAAUUACUUUCACCUGUGGACCAGACAGUUGGCCCACAUAUACCAUUACUACAUUCAUGGACCUAAAGGAAAUGAUAUGACAGCUACUAAAGAAGUAGGACCCUUUAACAACAUUGAUAUUGAGAUCUCAAUGUUUGAGAAGGGAAAAGUCCCUAAGAUUGUGAAUUUAAGGGAAAUAAAAGAUGACAUGCAGACACUCUUCAUCAACACAGCUGCAGACUGCUUUGAAUUUAAAGCGCAUGUAGAAGGAGAAGGUGUUGUUGAAGGAGUAAUACGGUAUCAUCCAUUCCUGUACGACAAAGAAACCUAUCCUGAAGACGUUAGCUGUACAUUCAAUACUAUUGAAGAUGAUGAGGAAGACUGUUAUUCUGUUGAUAAAGGAGCCAGAGGCAAAAGACCCAUAUUUGAAUGCUUUUGGAAUGGAAGAUUGAUUCCUUACACCACAGUGGAAGAUUUUGAGUUUUGUGCACCCCCUAAGAAAAGAGGACUGGUGGCACUGGAAUGUUUCAACAGGAUCUCGGGGGUGCUUUUUACCAAUGAUAAAUUUCAGGUCAGCACUAACAAGUUGACAUUUAUGGACUUGGAACUGAAGUUGAAGGAUAAGAACACACUUUUCACACGUGUUGUGAAUGGCCAGGAGCAAAGAAUGAAGAUAGACAGAGAGUUUGCAAUGUGGCUUAAAGAAUGCCAUGAGAAAUAUGACAAACAAAUAAAGUUCAGUUGUUAUAAAGGGACAAUCACAAGAAGUGAUCUACCAUCUAAAAGAAUGCAGAGUCCUUGGGCUUUAUAUGCUGGUAUUGAGUGGGAUGGCAAGACCUUCAAAGCAGGAGACUUGGUUAAAACUAUCAAAACAAUGCCAAUAAUUUAUGGACGCAUAGUUCGUUUCCUUCUUUAUGGCGACCAUGAAGGCGAUGUGUAUUCUACUGGAGGAGAAGUACAAGUAGCUGUGGAACCCCAAGCUUUGUAUGAUGAGGUGAAGACCAUUCCAAUCUCGAAAUUGGAUAGAACUGUAGCUGUUUCUGUCAUCAAGAAGUAUAUAGAAGAUGAAAUGGCAAGACUCCCUGACAAACUAUCCGUAACGUGGCCAGAAGGAGAUGCACUUACUACAAAUGAAAGCAGACAAGCAGGAAUGCCUAUAGGUGCUUUAAGAAUAGAAAUUCUCAAUAAAAAAGGCGAAACUAUGCAGAAACUUCCAGGAACAAGUCAUGGUGGAUCAAAAAAACUCUUGGUUGAGCUGAAAGUUAUUUGGCAUUCUUCUGGUGGUGACAAAGAAAUAGUUUCUCACAUCAGUCAACAUGGUGGCAAGUGGCCAUAUUGGUUCAAAAAGAUGGAAAACAUUAAUAAACUUGGAAACUAUACAUUAAAACUACAAGUGGUGUUGAAUGAAAGUAAUGCAGACACAUAUGCAGGGAGGGCUCUUCCAAGUCGAGUCUUCAAAUUCACUGUUACAGAGGGAAAACCAUAUAAAUUUACAGUUGGAUUGUUGGAUCCUCCAUUUCGCAUUGCUGUGCCUUUCAACAUUCCUCUAGAUUUGCAAGAUGAGUUUGGGCAUUCUACACAACCAUCUUCUAUUAUCAAGCCAAUUGUGGAGGCAAGUGGGUUAGAACUACAUUAUGAAGCCUUUGUGGCAAAAGGAACAAGUUUCAUCAUUAAAGGUGUAACAGCUCGGGGCUCUGUGACCACUUGCCAAGGCCGGAACUUCACUCUUAAAGUAAUCCUACCGGGACUGAAAGAAGAUUCUCAAACAUUAAAAAUUAGACUGUUGCCUGGUCCACCUCGUGAACUGAGGAUUAAGCCAGAUUCUAAUAAAGUAGUUAUUGAAAAUGGAACCACCUUCCCGUUUCAAGCUGAAGUGCUAGAUGAAGCAGGAAAUAUUACAGCACAGCCCAAAUUGGUGGUACAUUGCAAGUUUCUUGGUGCCCCAAAUUUGCCUGUGUACACCGUGGAUUGUAGUAAUACCGGAACAGGAAUCUUAACUGGCCCUGUGAUACAUGUCCAGAAUAUUAAGAAAGACCAAACACUGAAAGCAAGAAUUGAGAUAUCAAGCUGUAAAGAUGUGCCAGCUGUGGAGAAGAUAAUUAAGUUGCUGCCUAGCACACAAGUUACAAAGCUUCAGAUCUUCAGCAUAGACGGGCAAAAAGCAAUUCCUAUUAAACAUCAGGAUGAAAUUGACUGGAUUGCUGGAGAUAUAAUUCACCAUCUUAUCUUUCGAAUGUAUGAUGAAGGCGAUCGGCAGAUUGUUGUUAAUUCAUCUCUAGCGGAGAAAAUUAAGGUCAACUGGACCCCUCGGAUAAAUAGAGAACACUUAAUUCAAGGAUUGUUGCCUGAUGUUAAAGUACCAUGCUCCAUUAAGGAUGUGCGUUAUUGUCAGGUCUCUUACCAAGAUGAUCACAUUUCACUGGAAAGUGCAUUUACAGUCAAGCCACAGCCAGAUGAACCUAGACUUUUGAAAUGUUCAUUGAAAGGAUUAAGUACUGUUCAGAUGGGUGAACAGCUACAAGGAGAAAUACAUGUAACACUUUCUGAUCGUCAUGGCAAUCAGAUUCAAACCCUAACAUCAUCUUGUAUAGAAUUAUUGGGAAUAGCUGGAGAAGGACUGGACAAAAGUAAUCUAAAAGUGACUUGGCAGGAAAAUACCCAGAAUAUGGUUGUUCGGGGAAUAAAAUUUGUACCUGGAGUGACUGGUCUCAAAGAACUUUGUUUUGCUUGGCGUGAUUUUGUAGAUUAUGUACGAAUUCAUCUGACUGCAGGACCCCCAACCCAAAUAAGCCUCCUUGAAUGGGGAAAUACAGAAGAGAUCACUUUCCGUGUGGUACCAGGUGAACCAGUUAAAUUAAUGCCAGAAGAGCAGCCAGCCACUCCCACAGUCUCAAAUGUUCGCAGUGUGACCCAUCGUACCUUGGUCAAAAAUUUGUGUCUGAAAGUCAUGGAUGAAUAUAACAAUCCAACUGGAGAGGAUAUUUGUGGCAAGUUGGUGGUUACGAUUAAAAGUACAACUGAAGAUGAUAGUGAGAUUCCUCAGUUUCAGGGAAAACUCAGCAGUUUGGAGUUUGAGCUCAACCAGGGGUCUUCUGUUGUCUCAAACUUGGUGCUGGCAGAAAACUGUCCUGGUAGGGAUAGUACUGAAUAUAUGCUGAUUUUUGAACCGACUAUUUCAAAACCUGUCAAGCCGAGUCCUUUACCUCCAUACAUUUUAUCAUUUAUGUUUUAUAAUGACUUUAAGAAACAGCAACAAAUGACAACCUUGACGAAAGAGAAGGACCAACUCUCCCUAUCUAUUAUUGCAUACAGGAGUUUAUUUGACACCACCAAUCAACUAAUCAGUGAAAUGAAGUGUCAAGCACAUGAAGCUACAGCAAAAGAAACUCACCUAAGAAAUGAACUUCGAAAGCAGAAGAUAGAUAUUGCAGAAGUUUCAACUGUCCAAGAUAUUGAUGCAGUCCUGAAGCAGAUGAAAAUUGAAAGAGACAGGAUAUUAAAACUACCCAGAAGAACAUGUUCUCUGUCUAACUAUACCAGAAGUAGUGCUGACGUUUUAGGAAAGAUUGCACACUUGGCAAUGAUAGAAGAUGAUGAGGUGGCCAGGGUAGUCUCUUGGCAUAUGGCUAGCGAUAUGGACUGUGUGGUUACUUUAACCACUGAUGCUGCUCGACGUAUCUUCGAUGAAAGUCAGGGGCGCCAACAAGUACUACCACUUGAUUCCAUAUACAGAAAAAAUCUCCCAGAUGCUAAAAGACCUUUACCUCACAUGCGAAAUGGAAAAUGUCAUUUCAAGCCUGAGGGAAAUCCAAUUUUUGCCCGGGAACUGCUUAUUUUUCCUGAAAAUGUGGAGCAGUGUCACACAGUGUUUGGAAUGCUUCUUGGAGAUACAAUUAUUCUGGAUGACUUAAAUGCUGCCAAUCAGUAUAGAAAAGAGGUUGUGAAAAUCACCCAUUGCCCUACCUUACUGACUAGAGAUGGAGACAGAAUUCGAAGCAAUGGAAAGUUUGGAGGCCUUCAAAACAAAGCUCCACAAAUGGAUAAACUUCGAGGACUGGUGUUUGGAGCUCCUCUACCAAAAGCUUAUCAUACACUGAAUUCUCAAAUUGAUCUUAUCCAGCAGUAUCGCUCUGCUCUGAUCAAGCUUAAUAACGUCAAUCAGGAACUGGAUCUGCAGCUGAAAUAUCUCGGUUCUCCAGAGAUGACCCUGAAGCACAAAGAGCUCAAUGAACAAGAGAACCAACUCAAGCAAAUAGAGAAACAACUAGGUAUGACUCCAACAAGAACAACUUCUGAAUGCAGUCCUAAAGCAAUGGCUUUAGAUUUGUCUGAUGGACAAGCUCCAAGCAAAAAAAUGAGAAGAGAGAGUGCAAAGAAAACAUAUAGUACAGAAGAGUGGGUUUCAAUACCUUUGAAAAAAUCACAGCAGCCACCUUCGGGAUCUGGAUUGGACACAAAUGGAAGUACUUUGUCACGGAAAAGAAAGGCUUAGAACAAAUGGAAGUUUUUGGACAUUGGACAGAAGAAUUAGAACAAAUGUAGAUGUUUUGUGGGUAUAUUUUCCUCUGUGAAAUUUGGUUACUAAACUCAAAUGUUUUACAAAAAGAAUUUUCUUAAGCUUCACAUAGGGUAAUAUAUCUCCAUAGAUGAGAACCCGAAGAACUAGAAUUACUGUUAAGCAGAAAUGUAUAUAGUCUGAGAGAAAAAUUGAACUGUGUAUGAAUGUGCUACAGAGAUUUCUAUCCACCAGUUGAAAAUAUAUAAAAACUGUUGGUAGAUAAUAUGUUCAUUUGUAGUUAUUUAAAUUGAGAAGCUUAAUUUUAUACAUUCAACUUUGUACUUUUUAUUUUUAAAAACUUUUUGAAAGGUUUACUGAACUUGUUGGUCAUGGAACAAGAAAUAAAAAUCUCUAUUAUUA